AUGGAUGAAAUCCAGCACCUCAAGGCGGCUUACGAUCUCUUGCGCCAUCAGGUCAAGCAAUUCGUCGCUAAUGAAUCACCUGAUUGGAUCAUCCAAGAUUUCAUCCCUUGCUGGGUGGCCAAAAUCGCACGAGAAUACGACGUCCCAUUAAUCACCUUCUCUGUCUACUCUGCUGCUAUGCUGGGCUUUCACGGACCCCUGGAGUACCUUACUAAUGACAGCCAUGCAAAAUACUGGACGUCACCGGAAAGCAUGAUAUCUUCACCGGAGUGGGUCAUGUUCCCGUCAUCGGUUGCCUUCCGGCGCCACGAGGCAAACGCCGCAUUUGCCGGGUUCUUUGGGCAAAACGCGUUCGGUAUAACGGACAACGAGCGAGUAGUUGUAGCUGUUGAAGCAUGCCAGGCCGUGGCCAGCCGUAGUUGCUCGGAGUACGAACCAGAUUAUCUGAACCUGGUCGAGAAGAUAUGGCGGAGACUGGUGAUUCCAGUGGGUCUGCUUCCACCGGCGCCGAGCAGCACAGAAGCAAAGGAAAGGGAAGGAGAUCGGGGCAAGAUAUUAAAGUGGCUUGAUGGGAAGAAACCCAGAACGAUCGUGUUUGUGGCGUUUGGUAGCGAGUGCACAGUCCGACACGACUCGCUUUGUCUCAUUCCAGUGUAUUCGGAUGAAUACAGAGGUAGAGGAAGAGGAAGACGAUGA